UUUUUUCUAGUGCUUGGGAGAUGGGAAGUAAUGAUAGCUGGCACCUAAACUAAACUAUCUGUGUAGGCACUACCACCGCAGAACUUCAGGAUGAAUGGGGAUAUGCCUCAUGUUCCCAUCACUACUCUUGCAGGGAUUGCUAGUCUUACAGAUCUUUUGAACCAGCUGCCUCUUCCAUCACCUUUACCUGCUACAACAACAAAAAGCCUGCUUUUCAAUGGACGGAUAGCAGAGGAGGUGAACUGCCUUCUGGCUUGCAGGGAUGAAAAUCUGGUCUCUCAGCUUGUACACAGUCUCAAUCAGGUGUCAACAGACCACAUAGAACUGAAAGAUAACCUUGGCAGUGAUGAUCCAGAGGGAGAUAUACCAGUCCUGCUGCAGGCUAUUCUGGCAAGGAAUCCAAAUGUUUUCAGGGAGAAAAGCAUGCAAAACAGAUAUGGAGUACAAAGCGGGAUAAUGAUGUCGCAGUUCAACCUCUCUCAGAAUUCCAUGCGUGGGAGUCCUGCAUCUUCCAGUUACCAACAAACCACUAUCUCACACAGCCCUUCCAGCCGGUUUGUGCCACCACAGACAAGCUCUGGCAACAGAUUUUUGGCACAACAGAACAGUCCAGUGCCUAGUCCAUAUGCUCCUCAAAGCCCCGCAGGAUACAUGCCAUAUUCACAUCCUCCCAGUUACACGCCACAUCCUCAGAUGCAGCAAGCUUCAGUAUCCAGUCCCAUUGUCUCAGGUGGGAUGAGAAACCUCCAUGAAAAUAAAGUUUCAAGUCAGUUGUCUGGCAAUUCAGCUAAUCAUCAUGCUGAUAAUUCUAGACAUGGCUCAAAUGAAGACUACCUACAGAUGGUGCACAGACUAAGCAGUGAUGACGGUGAUCCUUCCAUAAGGAAUGCUGCAUCCUUUUCCUUGAGGUCACCGCAGUCAGUGUGCUCUCCAGCUGGAAGUGAUGGAACCCCUAAAGGAUCAAGACCACCUUUAAUCCUACAGUCUCAGCCUCCACCUUAUUCAUCACCUAGAGAUGUGCCCCCAGACAUAUUGUUAGAUUCUCCAGAAAGAAAGCAAAAGAAACAAAAGAAAAUGAAGUUAGGCAAGGAUGAAAAAGACCAGACUGAAAAAGCUGCAAUGUAUGAUAUCAUUAGUUCUCCUUCCAAGGACUCCACUAAGCUUACGUUAAGACUCUCUCGUGUAAGAUCUUCGGAUAUGGACCAGCAGGAUGAUAUGCUUUCUGGUUUGGAAAACAGCAGUGUGUCAGAGGGUGAUAUUCCUUUUAAUGUGCAGUACCCAGGACAGACUUCUAAAACACCCGUUACUCCACAGGAUGUUACCCGCCCACUAAACGCUGCUCAGUGUUUGCCGCAGCACGAACAGACAGCUUUCCUUCAGGCACAACAAGUGCCUGUUUUACAACAGAACACUUCAGUUGCUGCAAAACAACCUCAAACUCCUGUGGUACAGACACAGCAACAGGUUUCGCACCAAGGAACUAUAACGUCAUAUGAUGAAGUAGAAUUGGAUGCAUUGGCUGAAAUUGAGCGGAUAGAACGUGAAUCAGCUAUUGAAAGGGAGCGGUUUUCAAAAGAAGUGCAAGAUAAAGAUAAGCCUUUAAAGAAGCGAAAACAAGAAAACAAGCCACAGGAGGCUGGGGGUGCUACUGGAGGAAACAGACCAGCUUCUCAGGAGACAGGUUCUGCAGGAAAUGGGGCAAGGCCUGCGUUGAUGGUUAGUAUUGAUCUUCAACAAGCAGGAAGAGCAGACUCUCAGGCAACAGUAACUCAGGAUUUGGACACCAUCAGAAAACCUGAAGAAAUUAAACAGUAUAAUGAUGGGUUCGUAUGUGUUCCCCAAGAAGACACUGGUGGAGAUCUUAAACUUAGGCCUGAAAACCAUCCUGAUAUCCUUAGGGAAAAGUCUGACUUUGAGGGCCAGAAGACAGAUAUUCAACAAAAUGAAAACAGACAAAUGGAAUUCCAACAAAAUGAGAGCAGGCGGUUGGAAAGUAAAUACAAUGAAAACAAACAGGUGGAAGCCAAGCAUGAAAGCAAGCAUGAAAGCAGACAAAUGGAAGUGAAACAAAAUGAGAACAGGCAGACAGAAUCAAAACAAAGUGAGAGUCGACAAAUGGAGAUGAAACAAAAUGAGGGAAAACAAAAUAAUGGUAAGCAGGAAAUAAGACAGAGGCCCGAGACACCAAAACAGAAGACUGAAGGCAGGCCCGAAACGCCAAAACAUAGACAUGAUAAUAGGAGGGACUCCAGUAAACCAUUGUCAGAGAAGAAAAUUGAACUAUCCAGGCAUAAGCCAGAUAUGAAAUCUGAUCCCUCAAGGAUAAAAUCUGAAAGCAGAUCUGAUCCAGGAAAGCAAAGACCAGAUGGGCGUUCAGUUUCUGAUACUCCAAGGCGUGACCAUGACAGCCUUAAACAAAGGCCUGAGGACAGAGGGGAGUCAGAGAGAUACAGAGGAGACCCAUCCAAGAUUAGAAGACCUGAAUAUUUGAGAUCCUCAAACAAAAGUGAACAUGAUUCUAAGCAUGGUAUUAAAUCUGAUGGUUCCAAAACUGAGAAAUUGGAAAGGAAACAUAGACAUGAGUCUGGUGAAUCAAGGUUUUCUUCUGGGGAUCAGAAAUCAAGACCUGACAGCCCUCGUAUAAAACAGGAAAGUAAAGGAGAUUCUAGUAAAUCAAGACCUGAUAAAACUGGUUUUAAAUCACCUAACAGCAAGGAUGAACGAAGGACAGAUGGUAAUAAGAGUAAAGUAGAUAGUAAUAAAGCACAUGCUGAUAAUAAAGCAGAGUUUCCCAGUUAUUUGUUGGGGGCAAGAUCUGGUGCAUUGAAACAUUUUGUCAUUCCAAAAAUCAAGCGUGAUAAGGAUGGCAAUGUCACUCAGGAGUCGAGAAAAACUGAAAUUAAAGGUGAACAGAAGGAUAAAGUAGAAAAGAUUGGUCUAGUUGAAGAUCUAAAUAAAGGAGCUAAGCCUGUAGUUGUUCUUCAGAAGCUGUCUCUGGAUGAUGUGCAGAAAUUUAUUAAGGAUAGAGAAGAUAAAUCAAGGAGCUCUUGUUUUAAACCUAACAAGAACAAGUCAUCCAAAUCUAAUAAAGGUAGCAUAGAUCAGUCAGUGCUAAAGGAGUUGCCUCCUGAGCUCCUGGCAGAAAUUGAAUCCACCAUGCCACUUUGCGAACGUGUGAAAAUGAACAAGCGCAAACGUAGCACAGUUAAUGAGAAACCCAAAUACGCUGAGAUCAGUUCUGAUGAAGACAAUGACAGUGAAGAAGCUUUUGAAUCUUCUCGAAAAAGACAUAAAAAGGAUAGAGAUGCAGCCUGGGAGUACGAAGAACAUGACAGAAGAAGUUCUGGUGAUCAUAGGAAAAGCGGUCACUACCAUGAAGGAAGGAGGACUUCUGGUAGCAGUCGUUACCGUAAUCGCAGUCCUGACGACUCUGACAUGGAUGAUUAUUCUCCUCCUCCGAGCCUCAGUGAAGUGGCUAGAAAAAUGAAGAAAAAAGAAAAACAAAAGAAAAGGAAAGCUUAUGAACCUAAAUUAACACCUGAAGAAAUGAUGGAUUCUUCGACUUUCAAAAGGUUUGCUGCUUCAAUAGAGAAUAUUUUGGAAAAUUUGGAAGACAUGGAUUUUACUGCUUUUGGUGACGAUGAUGAGAUUCCACAGGAGUUGCUACUGGGAAAACAUCAGCUUAGUGAGCUGGGUAGCGAAUCUGCAAAAAUUAAGGCAAUGGGCAUUAUGGACAAGCUCUCAACAGAUAAAACAGUAAAGGUCCUGAAUAUUUUGGAGAAGAAUAUUCAAGAUGGAUCAAAGCUUUCGACAUUACUUAACCAUAACAAUGACACUGAAGAUGAAGAGAGGUUAUGGAGAGAUCUUAUUAUGGAGAGAGUGACAAAGUCUGCUGAUGCUUCUCUCACAGCUAUCAAUAUUAUGACCUCACCAAAUAUGCCUAAAGCUGUAUAUAUCGAGGAUGUAAUAGAGAGAGUUAUUCAGUACACAAAAUUUCAUUUGCAGAACACUCUCUAUCCUCAGUAUGACCCUGUGUAUAGAGUGGAUCCUCAUGGAGGUGGUGUUUUAAGUUCAAAAGCAAAGCGUGCCAAGUGUUCCACCCACAAGCAAAGGGUUAUAGUGAUGUUGUAUAAUAAAGUUUGUGACAUUGUCAGCAGUUUGUCAGAGUUGCUAGAGAUACAGCUUCUUACUGAUACAACUAUUCUUCAGGUAUCAUCCAUGGGAAUAACACCGUUCUUUGUAGAAAAUGUCAGUGAACUACAGUUAUGUGCCAUCAAAUUAGUAACUGCAGUGUUCUCUAGGUAUGAAAAACACAGGCAGUUAAUACUGGAAGAAAUUUUCACUUCCCUGGCAAGACUACCAACUAGCAAGAGGAGUUUGAGAAACUUCAGGUUAAACAGCAGUGACACUGAUGGAGAGCCUAUGUAUAUUCAGAUGGUAACAGCGCUAGUUCUGCAGCUUAUUCAAUGUGUUGUGCACUUACCAUCAGCAGAAAAAGAUUCUAAUUCAGAGGAGGAAUCGAACAAAAAAGUGGAUCAAGAUGUGCUUAUUACUAACUCGUAUGAAACAGCCAUGAGAACAGCACAAAACUUCCUUUCUAUUUUCCUUAAGAAGUGUGGUAGUAAACAAGGGGAAGAAGAUUAUAGGCCACUGUUUGAGAACUUUAUUCAAGAUCUUCUUUCCACAGUCAAUAAACCAGAAUGGCCAGCUGCAGAGUUGCUGCUUAGCUUAUUAGGAAGGCUAUUGGUUCACCAGUUCAGUAAUAAAUCUACAGAAAUGGCUUUAAGAGUUGCAUCCCUUGACUAUCUUGGAACUGUGGCUGCAAGGCUGAGGAAAGAUGCGGUCACUAGCAAAAUGGAUCAAGGCUCUAUAGCCAGAAUUCUCAAGCAGGUUUCAGGAGGAGAAGAUGAAAUCCAGCAGCUGCAAAAGGCUUUGCUAGAUUAUCUGGAUGAGAAUACAGAAACUGAUGCUUCAUUAGUGUUUUCUCGGAAGUUUUACAUAGCCCAGUGGUUCCGUGAUACAACCAUGGAGACAGAGAAAGCCAUUAAGUCUCAGAAGGACGAGGACUCGUCCGAAGGAAGUCACCAUGCAAAAGAUGUUGAGACUACAGGACAAAUCAUGCACAGAGCAGAAAGUCGCAAAAAAUUUCUCCGCAGCAUCAUUAAAACUGCUCCAUCUCAGUUCAGUACAUUAAAGAUGAAUUCUGACACUGUGGACUAUGAGGAUGCGUGCUUGAUUGUUCGCUACUUGGCCUCUAUGAGGCCGUUUGCCCAGAGCUUCGAUAUUUAUUUGACACAGAUUCUGCGUGUACUUGGUGAAAAUGCAAUUGCUGUUCGAACAAAAGCCAUGAAGUGUUUGUCUGAGGUUGUUGCUGUAGAUCCCAGUAUUCUAGCCAGGCUGGAUAUGCAGCGAGGUGUUCACGGCCGGUUAAUGGACAACUCCACCAGCGUGCGAGAGGCGGCCGUGGAGCUGCUCGGCCGCUUCGUGCUCUGUCGUCCCCAGCUUGCUGAGCAGUAUUACGACAUGCUCAUCGAAAGGAUAUUGGAUACUGGUAUCAGUGUCAGAAAAAGAGUCAUAAAGAUACUUAGAGAUAUUUGCAUUGAACAACCAACUUUUCCCAAAAUUACAGAGAUGUGUGUGAAAAUGAUUCGGAGAGUCAAUGAUGAAGAAGGCAUUAAGAAAUUAGUAAAUGAGACAUUCCAGAAGCUCUGGUUUACUCCGACUCCACACCAUGACAAAGAAGCAAUGACCAGGAAGAUCCUUAACAUCACUGAUGUGGUUGCAGCUUGUAGAGAUACAGGGUAUGACUGGUUUGAACAGCUUCUUCAAAAUCUAUUGAAAUCAGAAGAGGAUGCCUCAUAUAAACCUGUGAAGAAAGCCUGUACGCAGCUUGUUGACAAUUUGGUUGAGCACAUCCUUAAAUAUGAGGAAUCUUUAUCAGAUUCUGACAACAAAGGGGUGAAUUCUGGUCGCUUGGUUGCUUGCAUAACCACUUUGUUCUUAUUCAGCAAAAUCAGGCCCCAACUAAUGGUGAAACAUGCCAUGACCAUGCAGCCAUACCUGACCACUAAAUGUAGCACUCAGAAUGAUUUCAUGGUGAUCUGCAACGUUGCAAAAAUCCUAGAGCUCGUAGUUCCACUAAUGGAGCACCCAAGUGAGACCUUCCUUGCCACUAUUGAGGAAGAUCUCAUGAAACUCAUCAUCAAAUAUGGCAUGACGGUUGUUCAGCAUUGUGUGAGCUGUCUUGGGGCUGUUGUGAACAAAGUCACACAAAACUACAAAUUUGUGUGGGCCUGUUUUAAUAGAUACUAUGGUGCACUUUCCAAACUAAAAAGUCAACACCAAGAAGAUCCCAACAGUACAAUACUUACUGCCAAUAAACCAGCACUCCUCAGAUCACUUUUCACUGUUGGAGCAUUAUGUCGGCAUUUUGAUUUUGAUCAGGAAGACUUUAAGGGUAACAGUAAGGUAACUUUAGGAUUUGCAUUUAUACAACACCCAAGUUUAAUGUUCGAACAGGAAGUGAAGACUCUGUACAACAGCAUUCUUUCAGAUAAGAACUGCUCAGUAAACUUAAAAAUCCAGGUGUUAAAAAACCUGCAAACCUACUUGCAGGAGGAGGAUACACGGAUGCAGCAGGCAGAUAGAGACUGGAAAAAAGUAGCAAAACAGGAAGACCUGAAAGAAAUGGGUGAUAUUUCCUCAGGGAUGAGUAGUUCCAUCAUGCAGCUGUAUCUCAAACAGGUCCUUGAGGCUUUCUUUCAUACCCAGUCCAGCGUGCGCCACUUUGCUCUAAAUGUCAUCGCACUGACAUUAAACCAGGGUCUCAUCCAUCCUGUACAGUGUGUGCCGUACUUAAUUGCUAUGGGCACAGAUCCAGAGCCCUCUAUGCGAAACAAAGCUGACCAGCAGCUGGUGGAAAUAGACAAAAAAUAUGCUGGGUUCAUUCACAUGAAAGCAGUGGCUGGUAUGAAGAUGUCUUACCAGGUACAACAGGCGAUUAAUACCUGCCCAAAGGAUCCUGUGAGAGGCUUCAGACACGACGAAUCAUCCAGCGCUCUGUGCUCACACCUGUACUCCAUGAUCCGCGGGAACCGUCAGCACAGAAGAGCCUUCCUCAUUUCUUUACUCAACCUCUUUGAUGACACUGCAAAAACAGAGGUGAAUAUGCUCUUGUAUAUAGCAGACAAUCUAGCCUGUUUUCCCUAUCAAACACAGGAAGAGCCACUGUUUAUUAUGCAUCAUAUAGACAUUACCUUAUCAGUCUCCGGUAGCAACCUACUACAGUCGUUUAAAGAGUCCAUGGUGAAAGACAAAAAAAAGGAAAGGAAACCUUCAUCGGAUGAGGAGACCGAGAGUGACAGCAACAGCGGGAGCGAGAGCGAGGAGGAACCUUCCAAGCCUCGGAGGUCACGGAAACGAGUAGACUCGGAUUCAGACUCUGAUGAAGAAAAUGAUAUAAAUGCUGUGAUGAAAUGUUUACGCGAAAAUUCAGCUCCUUUAAUUGAGUUUGCAAAUGUCUCUCAAGGCAUAUUAUUACUUCUGAUGCUGAAACAGCAUUUAAAGAACCUCUGUGGAUUCUCUGAUAGUAAAAUUCAGAAAUAUUCUCCAUCUGAAUCGGCAAAAGUUUAUGAUAAAGCGAUAAACAGAAAGACGGGAGUGCAUUUCCACCCCAAACAAACGCUGGAUUUUCUGCGGAGUGAUAUGGCUAAUUCCAAGAUCACUGAAGAAGUGAAGAGGAGUAUAGUAAAACAAUACCUAGAU